GAAGCGGGUGUGCAUCAACAUCUUAUGCCAGUGGUAUUACAUGCGUCAGGAGCCCAAUACCAAUCUUUGGGCACGUGGCCCCAUUCAGAGUUCAGAUCCCCAGACUGCAUCCUCGGGGUCCCUGGGCUCUUCGAGCAAACGAUCCUGGAGCUGGACCUCGUGGAAGAACAGCGGCUACGCUGACGGCGUAUAUCAGAACAAGCUUGAGCAACAACUCCAAGACGUCCUCGAGGAGGAGGAAUCGGACCCGGAGGUUCAGGUUGUGGCUGCUCGGGAAGGCGACGGGCCACGGAUCGAGGAGGUCGUGUCCAGCGACGAAGAGGCGAAUGCCUUCAUCUUCGGUUUGGAGGAGAAAAACCAAGUGAGCUCUUUUUCCGAGUAUGAGGACGCCCGCCAUGCAUGGGAAAGCGCUUCCCAGGAGCACAAGGCGGGGCAUGCUCUGAGGUCAGCCAUAAAGAUGGAGAAGGAGCAUAGCUAUGGCUCGGAGAAGGCUGCGUCGGCAGCCCAAGUGGCCCUUGAGGAGGGCCAAAAGUGGCAGAGGCUUCAGGCAAAGGGUGCCACCUCCGAAAAAUAUCAGGCUGCAGUGCAAAAACGGCGCUUUGUGCCUGUGAAAGCGGAGCCGCCGGUGCAGGAUGACCCCUACAUGCAAGCUCCUGGGAAGGAGCCGGCGAUGGAAAGCACCGGGGCCACGGAGCAAGGUGACACUGCUGAACAAAGCACGGCUGCGAAUGAGCAAAGACUUGGGGCGAUGGCGAUUAUUCAAGCAGCUAUGGCCGUGGUUGGAAGAGCGGCGGAUGCCAUGCAGAAGUACAAUGAAUGGGAAGAGUUUAUGGAUAAAAAAUCCCAGAAAUAUUGGGGCUCGGAUCGAUGGCAGCGGGACUAUGCCUCUCAGGAGCAACAGCAGUCUUUCAAGAAGAGCAAAGGCAAGAAAAGAAAAUUGUGGCUCGCCAGCCAGAUUGAGACUCUGAAGCAGGAGGGCAGAUGGGUCGGAGGAGCUCCGUCGGAAUCCUCCAAGAAGCUUCGUUUGAUCCGUGAGGCCGAGGCGAAGCAGAUUGCAGGCCAAGGAGCCCGUCAGGAGGGCGGUGGUGCAGCUGAGGAGCCAGCUGCAGUGGAUGCGGGUCCUGACGAGGCUCAGGAGGAGCCCGGCUCGGUGCAUACCUGGCAGAGCUUCCGAUCCAUGGUGGAAGGCGCCGAGACCAUUGAACACGUGAUUGGUCUUGAUGAAGCCUACAAGCGCCUGAAGAAUAACCAAGCGGAAACACAGGCAGAGCAGGCGGCUGCAGAUGAAACCCAGGAAGACCCUGAGGAUUCUGAUGAACUGCGUUGA